ACUACUAAUUAAUUUUAUAUUUAAUGUAAUAAAAAGUAGAGAAAUUCUCUAUGAUAGUCUUUUUUAAGUUUUUGUCACAAAAAAAUAACUUUCAAUGAGAAAAAAUGACCAAAAUAAGUUUUAUUAAAGGGUAAAAGUACAUUUUUAUCCUAGGGUUAACUAAUAUAGACUUAGGGUUUAGAGUUAACGGGUUGGGUUUUGGAGAUAGGGAUUCAAAUUUAAAAAAAUAAAAAAUAAAUAUUAAAAUUUUCAAAAUAAAAAAGAGCUAUUUUGGUCUUUAGGACUAUUUUUGUAACAAAAACUUUUAAAAAAACUAUUUGAGAGAAUUGUCUUAAAAAGUAUAAUAUAUGUUUAGAUAAACCGACUAAUUUUUCUAAAAAUUCUAAGAAUUAUUAUAAUGAUGACACGUGGCUACAGAAAAAAUGUUGUAAUGCUUCUCAAUUACUAUAGGAGGGAUAAGAAGGAAUUAUUUCCAACUUCUGAUGUUUGACAGUAUCUCUAGUACACAUGACUUUGAAUUGUCAUAUCUAUGUCAUACCUAUUUGCCAUUUGGGCCAGACCACCACACUUGUUGACGGUGUAACAAGCAAAUAUAACUGUUUGAGCCGUUGGAGAAUACAUGUGUCAAAUUCAUGUUUCUUUGACUCAACCUCAAAGAUGGGGUUAUACUCUCAGGUCUGAGACACUCGUAUUUAGAGACUAGCUUAGAGCUGCGAGGUAGACCCGUACCAAACUGCCUCCUCGGCUCUUCUCCAAUCUAAAGGGCAUGUGUGUGUUAAUAAUAAAUGUCAUUAAGUGUUUUAACGAAUAUUUAGAUAUAGAGUUCGAAGAUUUUCAAACUCAUACAUCAGCUAUUACAAAAAAAGUGGCAUAUCGUCAAGACAAAGAACUGCUGGAUACAAGUGAGAAUAUAUCAAGAAUAUGUCAGGGUAAAAUAUAGCUCUUGUUUCCCUAUAAAAAAAGAGAGAUAUAACUCAAAGCGUAUUUUGCAAUCUUUUUGUUAUGAAACAUCACUGGCGAUCGUCAAUUUGACGUGGGGAAACUCACAGGCGACUGUCGUCAUCUGAUUGCCAAUGUAUAUUUUUGUAGUGUAUAAGAAAACUGAUAUUUUGGCUGCGUUGAACAGACCCAAUGCCCCCCCCCCCCUCCCCCCCCAACGUUAUCAAUUAAGAAAAUAAGUGGGGCAUUAUAUGAUUAGUUUAGAUUAUUUGUGCACUGAAGUUUCCCACUAUUCAAAACCUAAGAAUAUAAUUGAAAGUUUGUAUGACAGUAUGAUACGACAUCUUCAUUCGAUAUGAAAUCACAUGUUAAAAUGGCAAAAAAAUAAAGUGUAUUUGACAAGUGAGUGAACUACCUGACAAAAACCAAAUAUUACAAAAACCUAAAAUAUAUCCCACUGUAUUAUCUUAUUUAUAGUGCCACUCCCACUCUCAUAUUUUGUGCAUGCAUCUCCGAGGCGCACCCUUAAAGCUUUUAUAUUAAAAACAAAAAAAUACACCUUGUUUUGGUGUAUAAAUACACGCUAAAAUUACCACAGCAAUACACAAUCAAUCUACUCAUCAAUCAUUUAUUUCAUCAUCAUGGAUCGCAAAAUCUUUUCGUAUUGGUUUAUUACCCACCUAGCACUCUUAAGCCUUCUCUUCAACGACGUUGUCUCCUCGUUUCCUUCGGGAUAUAAUGAUGGUCCUAAAAAUGGUUAUAACAAUGGUUACAACAAUGGUCAUAAUGGUGGUUAUAACAAUGGUCACGGUUCUCGCGGAUACGGUAUGAUUAGUAAUCUCGACUACCGAUUCUAUGACCGAUCUUGUCCUCGUCUACAGAUGAUGGUUAAGUCCGGAGUUUGGCGAGCUUUUAAAGAUGAUUCUCGAAUCGCUGCAUCGCUUCUCCGUCUCCACUUCCACGAUUGUUUUGUCAAUGGUUGUGAUGGCUCAAUCCUUUUAGAUGAUUCAGAGGAUUUCAAAGGAGAGAAGAACGCUUUGCCAAACAGAAAUUCGGUUCGUGGUUUCGACGUAAUAGAAGACAUCAAAACUGAUAUUGAGAGUGCUUGUCCCAUAACUGUUUCAUGCGCAGAUAUAGUUGCUCUCGCAGCUAGAGAAGCCGUUGUUCUCACCGGAGGGCCGUACUGGCCGGUGCCGUUGGGGAGAAGGGACUCGUUGACCGCGAGUGAGCAAGCGGCGAAUACGAAUCUGCCCUCACCGUUUGAGCCGUUGGAAAAUAUAACAGCCAAGUUUGUGUCUCUGGGACUUGACUUCAAAGAUGUUGUCGUCCUCUCAGGAGCGCAUACUAUAGGAUUUGCACAAUGUUUCGUGUUCAAGCACCGGCUCUUCAACUUCAAGGGCUCAGGACAGCCUGAUCCAAACCUAGCUGCCUCCUCAGAUCUUCUCUCAAAGCUAACGGACACAUGUCCUAAUGUAGCCUCAUCUAACUCUAACCUUGCUGCUCUUGACGCAGCUAGUGUUGUCAAGUUCGACAAUGCUUAUUAUGUGAACCUCAUGAACAACGUUGGACUGCUUGAUUCCGAUCAAAUCCUUAUGUCGGAUUCCAACGCAGCUGCUUUGGUGAAGUCGUACAGCGAGAAUCCGUACUUGUUCUCGAGGGAUUUCGCGGUUUCAAUGGUUAAAAUGGGGAAUAUUGGAGUUAUGACCGGAAGUGAUGGAGUGAUUAGAGCAAAGUGUGGAUUUCCAGGUUAAGUUAUAUGGACCACUUUGAACGUAAACACUCUAUCCAAAUCAAUCUAUAACAUAUGUAGAACUAAUCUAGCUUUAAAAAAUAUGAAUAUAAUCAUAUAGACCAAUGUCAAUGAAUAAAGUAUGUUCAUAUAUGGUGUAAAAUCAGCCUUUUGUAUCUAUGAUGGAUCACAUAGACAAAAAUUACUUGGAGUUGUAUGUGGGUUUGUGUGUAGUGGAAUAUGCCUUUGUCGUGUUUCAAAUAAAAAAGGAAUAUGUAUUUGUCUUUGUAAUUUUCUAGUACUUGUAUCCUAAAAAUCAAACUCUCUCACUUGUUGUAUAACAAAUAUGAAAUAGUCUUUAAUUA